AGCAGAGAACAAGAAGAAAAGACAUUCGACUAAACUGUCGCCUAGAGAGAGAGAGAGUCGGAGAGGCAUCAUCAUGUCAUCGUUCACCGGCUCUUCCGCCGCCGUUCCUCCACCGUUCGACGACGGCGACGACGAGAGUCGAUUGUCUUCGCGGCGAGUUGACUCGUUCUUUGCUGACGGCGAGUCGGUGAUGGAACCGGCCGAAGAAGAUGACGUGUUCUCGCCGGAACGGAAUGGAAACGGUGGUUUCGUGGCCUCGGACGGACCAAUUCUUCCCCCUCCAGCGGAGAUGGAGCCGGAAGAGGGCUUCGCCCUCAGGGAGUGGCGCAGGCAAAACGCGAUUAAAUUAGAGGAGAAAGAGAAGAGGGAGAAAGAAAUGUUGAGAGAAAUAAUCGAGGAAGCUGAUGAAUACAAAGUUGAGUUCUACAGGAGGCAGAAGCUUGCAAGUGAGAACAACAAAGCUGCGAACCGGGAAAAGGAGAAGCUAUUCUUGGAAAGACAAGAGAAGUUCCACACAGAAGCCAACAAGACUUACUGGAAAGCAAUUGCAGAGCUCAUCCCCAACGAAGUCCCGACUAUAGAGAAGAGGGGGAAGAAGGAGAAAGAAAAGCAGCCUUCCAUUGUCGUGAUCCAAGGCCCCAAGCCGGGAAAGCCAACUGAUCUUUCAAGGAUGCGUCAUAUACUUGUGAAACUCAAGCACAACCCACCUCCCCACAUGAACCCUAAACCAUCACCGUCCUCGGAAACCAAGAAAGAUGCCAAAACCGGCCCAUCAUCUCCCGUUGCCGCCUCUCCCAAGCUUGCAGCUCCUGAGGCUGUAGCUGCUGCUUGAGAGUGAAGCAGCCAUGUGAUAUAUAUCUGAUUCUGUUUGUAGAAAACUGUUUGCAGCCUUAAGCAGAGAGGUUGAGUUUGUGUUAUAUUGGACGUUGAAAUGUGUGAAAGUCUGUAUUAAGUAGUUUUAGAGCUGCAACUGUGUUUGGUUUUGUUUUUAGGAUCUGUUUUUCCUUUAAAAACACUAAAAAACUUAUUUGGUGUAAAAAUAUCUGUAUAUUCUCGCAUCUUUUAUGCUAUGAUUGUAUGUACAUUCUCAUAUCUUCACGCAA